GGAGGGAAAAAAAGGAAAAAAAGGAAGGAAAAAAAGGCAUAUCUGAGGGGUUUGAGGGGCGGAUUUGGACAAAGUUUCCCAACUGUCCCGACCCGAAGAGGCUCCGGGGGGGUUGACGGGGAGUCGAUUUCACCGAAAACAUGUUGCCUAUGUGUCAGUGGGAGAUGAUCGGGAAACAGAAGAUUGGAGGUUAGAUGAUGAAAGAUAGACAGUCGUCUUUUAUUUAAAUCAAAAUAAUGGACGAUUCCCAUUUCAACUCGUCAUACUUUUGGUCUCCCGUCCCCACUGUACAAGGACAGAUCGAGAACGCCAUGUUCCUGAAACAGGCAAAGGAGCAGCUGGGUCCGGAUAAGGCCAAUGCGCCCCCCUUCCCUCACGCCUCUGCGUCUUCCACCUCCUCCCCCCACUACCCCACGGCUGUGCUCGCCAUCCCCGGCUCGGUGGACGCGGGGCCAGGGGUGCGGCUAGUCCCCAAACAGGAAGGAGGAGGCGGUGGUAUGAGUGCGCUCGGGGGACACCUGCACCAGUCGCACACCACCCAGAACAUCACCGUUGUGCCUGUUCCCUCUACAGGUAUCAUGACCGCAGCGGGGUUAGUGAUCACCACCCCUCAAGGCACUCUGGUCCCCACCGCCUCCACGCAGUCAUUUGUAGCUGGACACCCCACUGCCACCACCAUGAUAGUAUCUGCAGUGCACCACUCAAAUGCAGACAAGAAGGAGAACAUGGCUGUCCCUCCUGCGGUUGUCAUGCCGACGCCAUCAAAGCGAGGAAGGAAGAGCAAACAGAUGUUGGCCAGAGUGGCUGGAAUGGGCGGGGUCCUUCCUCCAGGAAGUGAUGCGUUAAUAUUGGCACACCUCGCCGCUGGUGGACAGCACCACACUGCUGACCCAUACGACCUGUCAAAUGAUGAGGACGAUCAUACCAACAAAGAUGGCCCCAAAUCCUACAGGUGUCGGAUGUGUGCGGUGACGUUCUUCAGCAAGUCAGACAUGCAGAUCCACGCCAAGUCCCACACGGAGGCCAAGCCCCACAAGUGUCCCCACUGCUCCAAGUCGUUUGCCAACUCCAGCUACCUGUCCCAGCACAUCCGCAUCCACAGCGGGGCCAAGCCCUACACCUGCACCUACUGCCAGAAAGCAUUCAGGCAGCUCAGUCACCUACAGCAGCACACACGAAACCACACGGAGGCCAAGCCCCACAAGUGUCCCCACUGCUCCAAGUCGUUUGCCAACUCCAGCUACCUGUCCCAGCACAUCCGCAUCCACACCGGGGCCAAGCCCUACGCCUGCUCCUACUGCCAGAAAGCAUUCAGGCAGCUCAGUCACCUACAGCAGCACACACGGAUUCACACCGGGGACCGACCGUACAAGUGUAACCAUCCUGGCUGUGAAAAAGCUUUCACUCAGUUGUCCAACCUACAGUCUCACCGUCGGCAGCACAACAAAGACAAGCCGUUCAAGUGCCACAACUGUAACCGUGGUUACACAGAUGCUGCCAGCCUGGAGGUGCACCUGUCCACGCACACUGUCAAACACGCCAAGCUGUUCUCCUGUGGCCUCUGUAACCGAUCCUAUACCUCGGAGACAUAUCUAAUGAAACACAUGAGAAAGCACAACCCCGACCCGCUCACAGUGGCAGCAACAGUGGCUGCUCAGCAGGCCCAGGGCCUCACCCCGGGCAGGGGCCGAGGUCGAGGCCGUGGGAGAGGCGCGGGCAGAGCAGGCCAGCUCCAAAGCCAGACCAACCCUAACAACAACAACCAGAACUCUGGACCGCCAGGCAGCUACCAGUCAACCCAGCAGCCCUCGGAAGCCGUUGUCCAGUGCCCGUUCGACAUGCACCAGUACAAGACGGUGUCAGCCAACGAGAUCCAGUACAAACCAGUCUCUGUGGCGGACCUGCCAGUGGUCCACAAAGACCUCUGCCUCACCGUCUCCACCUCAGCCAUACAGGUGGAGCACAUGAACUCGUAGGCUGCGUCUUCCCACUCUGUUUGAGACAUUUCUAAUUGUGUCUGCCAUGUACAAAGGUCCAUAUAAACAAGUAUUUCAACUGUAUUCACGAUUAAAGUCUUCUUAAGAAAGAAAAAAUGGCGCAUGGGGUGGAACAUUUUACCAAUGUAAUGUUCAGAGAUACAAGUACAAUUUAAUUCACCCAACGCCAUGUUUUUCCUUCAUUUUAAGAAGCUUUAAUGUGGAGUACAGCAUUAAAUGACUUGUCAGAACACAGAUAUUUUACAAUGGGCUUCUCGAUUCCUGAGCCCUCUUGUGCCAAGUGUCUCUCAGUAGAAAUGCUGGUCAAGGACUCUGUUACAAGUAGUUAAUUCCUCAGUCUGGAGCCACAUUCCUCCAGUUUGUGAAGACUUAAUCAAACCUAAUCUGAGAUUAGGCAUUUAUAACAUUAAGAAUGAGAGUGUGAUUCAAUUCAAACCUGAAUUUCUCAAAAGCAUGUGUAGUUUAAUUUACCCUUUUCAACUAUGAGUAAAUGGGCAAUAAUCACCUAAUAGCUUUGUAAAACACACUGAACAUUCUGAUCCAAAACCAGCAGUCCUCGUCUGAGUAUCUUGAUAAAAGAGGCUCACUGGUGUCCCGUCUCUUUUUGUAUUGCAUUGUUUGCAAUAGGCACCAAUGGAUGAUGGAGAUGUAAAAUAUCUGUGAAAUAAUAACAAAUCACACUAUUCUCUGCACAAUUAUUGUCCAGAGAAGGGUGUUAUUUUUCAACACAUUCAGAUCACAUUAAUCUGAACUUUCUCCAUUAUUUAGUUCAAGCCAAAACAAGGUAGAAAAGGAGGCAAGGAAUCAAAGAUAUAAGACCGUAGGGACCGACUAAGUGGAUACAUCUGAAUAUUGAACGACACCUCUGACAACAGAGGUGGCAUCUGAAAGGCUGAAUUGGAGCCUGAGAAAAGACCUGCAAAAGAAGACGGGCAGGAGAAAGAAAAUGGUGAGGUGUUUCACUGGAUGGGGCCCCCACCCAGACAGAAAGGACCUGAGGAACCAUUUCUUUGUCGGAGCCCAAAGUCUUGACGAAAAGAGACGGAGCGGUUGGAGAAUGCACUAAACACGAGGAAUCUGCAGCAAAGCGAGAUGGAAACAUGAGAGAGAGAGAAAAGGGGGUUGGUGGGGUGGGAGGGGUCAUAAAGAAAGCACUUGAUGAAGCUUGUUCUUCAUGUCUAUGUUUGCCAUUAUUGUACUUUUUUCUUUUUUUUUAAUAUAUCAUAUGUAUGUAUUUUUAUACCAACAGAGGAACGUGUGAACAAACUCAGAGAGAAAGAAAAGUGAUGCAUGAAUGUUUAGGGAACAGAGAGAAAAGUCCUAACGAAGCGUGUUUUUUGUGACUAUUCAAAGAAUGACAGUGAAAUAUUCUCCAAUAGUAGUAAAGACAGCCCAACUCAUCAUAGACCGUUGUUGGGGAAAUAAUGAUUGUGUGAUAUAAAUGGCUGACAGGUACUGUUAUCAAUCUUCUUUUUUUAAAGAAUUUUUCAUAAAUAUUACUUAUUUCAUUAUAACCAUUGCAAAUGUUAUACACAUUAUUAUCAAUCUGAGGCAUUAUUGUAUUGCGGUAUGCUGUACAUAAAUAGAUAGAAAAUACUUUUUCAUCUGUAAAAGGGAAGUAUGUCCUGUGUAAGCAUAUAUGAAAACUAAAGGAACUCAAAUGAACAAGUGGCAAAUCAUUGGCUGUGUCCCAGGUCACCUUUAGUGCUGAUGAAGCACAUACUUAAAAGUCUGCCAAAGAAUGAAAAUUCCAGGCCUGACAAGUUGGUUGAACUACAGAAAAAUAUUUGUUCUCUUUGUGUAACGAAUGAAUGCGCAAGGGCUUCCUGCAUUAACGUUUAUUAAGCCUACUGGACGAGAUUGUUGUGGCAUAUAUAUAUAAAUGUAUAUCUUCUUGAUAACAUAACAUAAAACAAGUAUCUGUGACCUGGGACACAGCUGCCAUGUUUUUUGUGCACAAGCUGUCUCUACCCAAUCAGAUAGUUCAAGCAGCCGGUAACAACCAGCCGCUUGUCCUCAUGUAUGCUCCUAUUUUAAUGUGUCUUUUUAUGAAAAAUAACAGAUUCUCAAUACUCCUGAUAAUGGUAUUACUGAUGCUCCUGAUAAUAGUACAGUUAUUAACGGCCCUCUUAUAUGCUUCACUCUUGCAUACUGUAUGCACAGUUUCACCUCUUGCUCAUCUGAACAGACCGUUUCUUCCCUUAAGGAGAAUAAAGU